UUCUUUCCCUCGAGGGGUCCUGAACAUCACGGACGUACACACGUGUGCAGUCCGCUGUUACCAUGGCGGACCUACAGAUGAAGCUUCUGCGCAAGAAAAUACAGAAAAGAAGCGAAAAGAACAAAGAGCGAAAGCUAUUAAAGACGCAAACAGAAGAAGAUGAAACCGUAAAAUCAAACGGGCUGAAGGAGGAGUGUUGUGAGGAUCCACACACAGCUGCUGACACAGAAAUCGAGCCCAAGAAGAAGAAGCAGCAGAUUGAGAAAGCAGACGAGGGGACCACAACAGAAGAAUCUUCUCAAAAGAAGAAGAAGAAAAAGAAAAGAAAACUCGCCGACAAAGCUGAAUCACCAGCUGAAAAGAAGACCAAAACAAUGAAAGAUGCAGAUGAUGAUGAAGAGGAAGAUGAGGAUGAAGAGGAGGGAACAGCAGUAGCAGAUGAAGAUGGGGAGAUGUCUACAGAAAACCCAGAGGAAUCUGCAGAUGAAGAAGAUGAUCUACCUGAAUUACCCUCUGGCCUGACAGGUGCGUUUGAGGACACGUCGUUUGCCUCUCUUGCUGAGCUGGUGAGUGACAGCACGCUGAAAGCAGUGAAGGAAAUGGGAUUUGAACACAUGACUGAGAUCCAGCACAAAAGUAUUCGUCCCCUGCUGGAGGGAAGGGAUGUUCUGGCUGCAGCCAAGACAGGAAGUGGUAAAACGUUGGCCUUCCUCAUCCCGUCUAUAGAGCUCAUCUACAAACUCAAGUUCAUGCCCAGAAACGGCACUGGUGUAGUGAUCCUCUCCCCCACGCGCGAGUUGGCGAUGCAGACGUACGGCGUGAUGAAGGAGCUGAUGGCUCACCACGUGCAUACCUUUGGUCUGAUCAUGGGGGGCAGCAACCGCUCUGCUGAGGCUCAAAAACUCGCCAACGGCGUCAACAUCCUGGUGGCCACACCUGGCCGUCUGCUGGACCACCUCCAGAACACCCCUGGAUUCAUGUACAAGAACCUGCAGUGUCUGAUUAUCGAUGAGGCCGAUCGUAUCCUUGAAGUCGGCUUUGAGGAGGAGCUGAAGCAGAUCAUCAAACUGCUGCCUAAGAAGAGACAGACGAUGCUGUUUUCAGCCACUCAGACCCGUAAGGUGGAGGACUUGGCUCGAAUCUCCCUGAAGAAGGAGCCUCUGUAUGUCGGUGUGGACGACAACAAAGACAACGCCACAGUAGACGGCCUGGAGCAGGGUUACGUCGUGUGUCCGUCAGAGAAGCGCUUCCUGCUGCUUUUCACCUUCCUGAAGAAGAACCGCAAGAAGAAGCUCAUGGUCUUCUUCUCUACCUGCAUGUCGGUGAAGUUUCACUAUGAGCUCCUCAACUACAUCGACCUGCCUGUGCUGGCCAUCCAUGGUAAGCAGAAGCAGACCAAACGUACCACCACCUUCUUCCAGUUCUGUAACGCUGACUCAGGGAUCCUGCUGUGUACCGACGUGGCCGCUCGAGGGCUCGACAUCCCCGAGGUGGACUGGAUCGUCCAGUACGACCCCCCUGAUGACCCCAAGGAGUACAUCCACAGGGUGGGCAGGACAGCCAGAGGCAUCAACGGCAGAGGACACGCACUCCUCAUCCUGCGACCAGAGGAGCUCGGCUUCCUCCGCUUCCUCAAACAGGCCAAGGUCCCGCUGAGUGAGUUUGAUUUUUCCUGGAGUAAAAUCUCUGACAUCCAGGCUCAGAUGGACAAGCUGAUUGAGAAGAACUACUAUCUCCACAAGUCGGCACAGGAGGCCUACAAGUCGUACGUGAGGGCUUACGACUCCCACUCGCUCAAACAGAUCUACAGCGUCAACACCCUCAACCUCCCCAUGGUGGCGCAGUCUUUUGGCUUCAAAGUUCCUCCAUACGUUGAUCUGAACGUCCACAGCAGUAAAGGAUCAAAGCUGCAGAAGCGAGGAGGUGGAGGCGGGUUCGGAUACCAGAAGUCCAACUUUCACAAAUCCAAAGUGUUCAAACACGUCAACAAAGGAAAAGGUGACAAGAGGCAGUUCAGCCGCUGAAGCCUCUGACAUAAGGACUGAUUCCUCUUUCUGUGUAUUUAAAGAGCGGCUCUUUUUAUUACAUGAACUUCCUGCUUCCAACAGGGUGCAGAGACAUCGUUAGGGCCCUGCUUGAUCCUAUCAGAUGUGUCCAUGUAUUCUGUAAAUGUAAACAUUGUAGAGGUAGAAGAGGCUUUAAGAAAAAGGCUUAAUUUUCUAUCUUUUCUUCUCCUGGUUGUUGUAUUAAAUCUCUAAUGACUUUCAA